AUGGCUCGACAAAUUGUCGACCCACUGUCGAAGGUUGCCUUCGCCAUGUCUUGUCUUGGCGGACGAGCGCGGAGUUGGGCCUACGGGCGCCGACUCGCCGAUCCUACGUGCUUCAGCACGUACGAGUCCUUCAGGAACGAGCUCAAACUUGUGUUUGAGCUCCCAAAGAAUGAGUUCCGGUCGAGAGCUGAGUUUUUCGACCUGCAGCAGGAUACGCAAGAUGUACAUGCGUACGCCCAACGUGCACGGUACUUGGUAUCAAACGUCGUGACCAAACCGAUUGACGAGACGACCAAGGUCGUCACGUUCGUGAAGGGACUGAAGGAUGGGCCUGUGAAGACCUAUCUUUUCCGAGAGUACCCGAGUACUCUCGAAGCUGCGAUAACUCUCGCCAUGCAAGAGGAGUUUAGCUUGCGACAGGCUAAACUACAUGUGAACGUUCCACUCCCGCCCGAACCGGCGGUUGAGGUUGUGGAUGAGGUGGAAGAUGACGUCGAUGACGAAGAGAGCGGACUCUCUUCGAGUGUUGGCAAACUCGGACGUGUCGGACAAGUUGUUCGACAACAACGUCUGCCGGUGGUGGACUUCGAGGCGAAGCAUGUGCCUCGAAGUCAGUUGGAAGCACGAUUGGCGACGGGUGCCAUCGUGAAGACCGAGAAGCGAGUAAUUCGCGCACCCUUCUCGUACAAACACCGGGUGUUUGUUGAAGAACUUCUCGUCCUGGACUUGGACGACAAGUUCGACAUGGUGUUGGGCAUGCCGUGGCUUGCACGGCAUGAUCCUACAAUCGACUGGGAGAAGCGUAUGGUCGGCGAAGAUACUCUCAGUGCAAAGACCAAGAAGGAGCGCUUCGAGGAGCAGAGUUGGGACUCGCUGAAGUCGAGUCCCUAUUACGAGAUUCUGCGAGAGCACACGGACGUGCUCCCGGACGAGAUCCAUGUGGAUCUCCCGCAGGACAAGGGAAUACAGCACGAGAUUGAUCUCGUGCUGGGAUCGAAGUAUUGUGUGACACGGCAGUGGCCACUACCGCGGGAGCAAGUGAAGGCAAUCGACGACUUCUUCGACAUCCGUCGCAAAGCAGGACAAGUGCGGGAAUCGAAGUCCCCGCACAGCGCACCAACGUUCUGUGUCAGGAAGCCACAGGACGCCGAUACCUCGAAAGAUGUCAUCAUCGAUUCGAUGUCCAAGAGCACCAUCUACAGUGCUCUUGAUCUGAGAGACGGGUUCUAUCAGAUCCUGAUGCGUGAGAGUGAUAUCCCUCUCACGGCGGUAAGCACCCCAAGCGGUAUGCUUUGGGAGUGGCUAGUAAUGCCACAAGGACUGAAGAACGCCCCUGCGACCUUCAAUAGAUGCGUCACGCAUCUAUUGCGCUCGGUGCGCGACUUCGCACCGAGCUACUUCGACGAUGUGUACGUUGACAGCCGGGCUGUGAACGAAAAGACGGACGUCGAUAUGCACAAAGAGCAUCUCCGAGAACUGCUCAUGCGCAAGCACAAGCUCUAUGCGAACCUGAAGAAGUGCAUCUUCGGUGCGAGCGAGAUACCCGUGCUAGGGUGUCUCGUUGGGAAGAAUGGCGUACGCCCUGACCCCGAGAAGGUCAGAGUGAUAAAUGAAUGGCCUACGCCAAACGGGAAGGAACUGCGGCAGUUCCUUGGCCUUGCCACGUACUUGUGCAAGUACGUGGACAACUACGCAGGCAAGAUUCGCCCGCUGUCGCAGCUUCUGAAGAAGGAAGCUGCGUGGUAG